AUGCUCUCUGAGCCAAAACGGGAGGAACAAGAGGCAGUAACCCAUCUGCGUUGCAUCCGCGAGUUUUGCUCUUUGUCGGGCUCUCACAGGAAUAGCGGCAAACGCAUUUGCUUAAGUUCAUUCAUUAAAACAUACAGUUCCUUCUCUGCGUGCCUCUUCCAGGUUUCCACGACUACAGUGACGCGGCAGAUGUGCCUCCGAAUAGAGAGCCUUCUUACCGAGGAACCAGACCUGACACAAACAGAUGGAGGCCUGCCUAUGGGCAACCAGCAGUCGGACUGGUGCAAGGAAAUUGACGCACGACAAAACAUGCAACUCCGGAAAGCGCGACAACGGAGAGAAAACGACGCGUGA